AUGGGUGGCCUUGAGAGUCUUGUUGAUAUAGAAGAGAUUCCAGACACACAAUCGUGUAUUGAUCCACCAAUCGAAGAUCUUCAACGGUGUAUCAACACUGUACCAAGUGAACAAGUCAUCGAGUUAGAAUCGAAUCUAGAAUAUGAUUUAGAAAAUCGGUUCAACUUCUCUGUCUACGCAACCGAACCGACAACGCCGGUCCCGGUUAAUCUGGGUGAGGGAAAACACGCCCUCAACGAGAGAACCCUUUGUCCAUGGAAAUACAAGACGAAUUCUAAUCUCAACAGAUUCCCCAUAGACAUCCAGUACGCCCAAUGUGAAUGUCGCAACUGCAUCGAUCCUGACAUCCAUUCGUUAUCGAUCAUGAAUCUAUGUCGGCCAGUCGUUUCUUGGAGAGUAGUGUUAAUCAGAGGACCCUGUGUCAAUGGAACUUACCAAUAUAUUGAGGAGAAUCUUCCUGUUCCAGUUGCAUGUGUAUGUGAUCGUCGAAACCAUUUAGUAUGAUAAUAGAAUGGUUUGGAUCCAUUGUAA